AUGGCUAAAGAGCUUCUUCUCAAAGAAGCCAGCAAGCAUAAAAGUGUAAUCAUAAUCUCGAAUGGUCAGAGCACCACCUGUCACCAACCUGGAGUUGUAGGAGGGGAUGAGAAAGAUAUUGCCGACGGGUGGCACUCCGCUGGUGUGAACGUGAUUUAUGUCGGCAUCGGAGAACUUGCCAACAAAACGAAUAUAGACAACAUAGCAACAGAUCCGAAGCAUGAAAAGAUUAUACCAGAUAUAAACAAGGAGGAGCCGGACCAGCUCCAAAAGAUAGUGAACUGGAUGCUCGACCUAGUCAAUAAAGAUGCAGAGGACCCAUGUUUGACAACGAGCUGA